AUGUCACACAAACGUCACUGAAAUUCUGAGAUUCGACCGGAACCAUACUUUUGCUCCGAUUUUUCUAUUUUUUUAUGCUUUCAAAGAAUUUAUUUAUAAAAUCUAAGGAAGAAAGCAGCCAUUCUAUCCGUGUACAUACUCGUCUCAUAUAAUUACGCCAUGAACAAACUGCAAAGAAUUUUUUGUUAGUUCAUUGGAUAGUAUUGACUCUGACCACUAUUAAAUAUGGAAAAUAAUGAUGUAGUUGAUGAGAUAUCAUCAUUGCUGGAUUCUGGAAAAUAUAAAGAAGCCUUGGCUGUACCAAAUAAUGAGAAAUUUGCACGGAGUUUUAAAGAAAACUGUUGGGAUCUGAUAUCAAUAAUAGUAAAAAAGGUGCAAGAUGAUACAAUCAUCUUGAAGCCUUCAUUGCAAGGAGCAUGUGAACAACUACUAAGCCUUAUAGUUGAAAAAGCAACACCAGAAGAGGCACUGUUGGAAUUUAUUGAACAGUUGGAAGAGGCCAAGAAUGAUGCUCAAUUUAGUAUUAUUUUAAUGCCAUUGCAACAACUUCUAGAAAGAUUGAAAGUAAAGCGAGGACGGUCAUUAGAAUGGUGUCUCAAUUCUAUUUCAACUUACAUUGAAACAAUUCCUACCCCAGAAUACUAUUUAGAACAGAAAGAACGCUUGUUAAUGGAUUGUGAUAAUAACAUCAGAAGAAUUGUGAAAGUGUAUGCGAUGGUUCCACCAUUUUAUAAACCUUUUAUUGCAGAGAUGAAUAAUGAAGAUGGUAACAUACAAGUUAAGCAAAUAAUAUGUGCUUUUCUUGUCAGUCUCUUGGGUAAACCUCUCAUUUACAUUGAUUUGGAUCCUGAUUCAAAUGCACAAAGUGAGGCGAGGCAGACAUGUUCAACUAUAAUAAAUGAUAUAUGUUUAUUGGAAAAAAAUGUCAUUAAGUUUUUAAUGUACAUUGAAGAAUGUAGUAAAGGAAGGAAAGCAUCAAGAAAUGAAGAUUCAGAAGAGUUAUCAGCUUAUGAAAAUAAAGAUAAAAUCAAUAUGACUUCACUUGCUGGGUUGUUUUAUGUUGUUUUUUCUGGUCAUUUUAACAUUGUAGAGACUGCAAUUCCACAAGUUUACAGUAUUGAAUAUAUUGUUAAUACUACUCUUCUUGCUGUAAAUAGCCUACUUUGUAACACAGAGUAUGGACCUCUAAGUAAAGCGAUGUCAUUAUGUAAAGAACUUUUAAAUCGGUUACCUAGUAUUGUUGCCCAAGAUGUUUUAUCAAUACCUGUGCAUUUUGACUUAUUAAAGGGUUUAGUUAACGUUGCUAUAUAUUCUAGUUAUGAAGUUAUUCGCAAAACAGCUGUGAAUUUGAUAAGUAUACAUGUAAAUAAAUUUCAAUACAAAGGUAGAUGUUUGCUUAUAAAAUAUGUACUUGAAAUUGCAAACCAUUCUGGAAUGAUUGGUUAUGCAAUAACAUUAUACAAGAAUUCAAUUAAUGAAGCAUUCAAAAGUCCUGUUUUAGAUGAAUGUUUCACUGGUGAUCAGCUAAUGUACAUGGUUAGGAAGAUCUGCCAUCUGCCUCAUGGAGCACAAUCUGACUUAGUAGAAUUAGCUGACCAAAUAAUAACUGCCUUAAACUUUUUAAGAUAUCUCAUUUUAAAGGAUACUUCAAAUCAAAGUGGUAUUAAGAACAAUUUGUCCUAUAUUGAGAUGGAUUACCUAGAAAAUUUAAGGACUGGUUUAAAUUUAUCCAAGGCACAUUAUGAACAGAAAUUAAGUGAAAUUGAAAAUAAGAAUUCCAAACAACAAGGAGUUGAAAUAUCUAUAAAUGUUGGUGGGAACACUUUGGAUAAUAUACCCAUAGAAAACAAAAGGGAAAUAUUGAAUUCAGCACUUAAUGCUUUUCAUUUGAUUGAGGGUCUUGUAGCCAGAUUAUCUGAGUGUAUAAAUAUUUCUAAAACAAGUGUAAAUGUAUGUUAAAAAAAUACAUGAUUACUCAUAAUAAAAUAUAUCAAAUGUAAAUU